GCCAGCACGCGGCAGCCAUGGUGAGCGAGUGCCCGGGGCCCGGAGCCCGGGUGCCCUGGCGGCGAAGCGACGAGGCGCUGCGCGUGAACGUGGGCGGCGUGCGGCGGCGGCUGAGCGCCCGCGCCCUGGCGCGGUUCCCGGGCACGCGGCUGGGCCGCCUGCAGGCCGCGGCGUCGGAGGAGCAGGCGCGACGCCUGUGCGACGACUACGAUGCGGCGGCGCGCGAGUUCUACUUCGAUCGGCACCCGGGCUUCUUCCUGAGCCUGCUGCACUUCUACCGCACCGGCCGCCUGCACGUGCUCGACGAGCAGUGCGUCUUCGCCUUCGGCCAGGAGGCCGACUACUGGGGCCUGGGCGAGAGCGCGCUGGCCACGUGCUGCCGUGCGCGCUACCUGGAGCGGCGCGUGGCACGACCGCGCGUCUGGGACGAGGACAGCGACACGCUGAGCAGCGUGGGCCCGUGCCCCGAAGAGAUCUCUGACGUGCAGCGAGAGCUAGCGCACUACCGGGCGGUGCGCUGCGGCCGCCUGCGCCGCCGCCUCUGGCUCACCAUGGAGAACCCGGGCUACUCGCUGCCCAGCAAGCUCUUCAGCUGCGUCUCCAUCGGCGUGGUGCUCGCCUCCAUCGCCGCCAUGUGCAUUCACAGCCUGCCCGAGUACCAGGCCCGCGAGGCAGCGGCCGCCGUGGCCGCGGUGGCCGCGGGCCGCAGGGCGGAAGGCUUGCGCGACGACCCGGUGCUGCGGCACCUCGAGUACUUCUGCAUCGCCUGGUUCAGCUUCGAGGUGUCGUCGCGCCUCCUGCUAGCGCCCAGCACGCGCAACUUCUUCUGCCACCCGCUCAACCUCAUCGAUAUCGUGUCCGUGCUGCCCUUCUAUCUCACGCUGCUGGCUGGCGUGGCACUCCGAGACCAGGGCGGAGCGGGUGGCGAGGAGCUGGGCGACCUGGGCAAGGUGGUGCAGGUGUUCCGUCUCAUGCGCAUCUUCCGCGUGCUCAAGUUGGCGCGCCACUCCACUGGGCUGCGCUCGCUGGGUGCAACGCUCAAGCACAGCUACCGUGAGGUGGGCAUCUUGCUGCUGUACCUGGCCGUGGGUGUGUCUGUGUUCUCCUGUGUGGCCUACACAGCCGAGAAGGAGGAGGAUGUGGGCUUUGACACCAUCCCGGCCUGCUGGUGGUGGGGCACGGUGAGCAUGACCACCGUGGGCUAUGGGGAUGUGGUGCCGGUGACAGUGGCCGGCAAGCUGGCAGCGUCGGGCUGCAUCCUCGGGGGCAUCCUGGUGGUGGCGCUCCCCAUCACCAUCAUCUUCAACAAGUUCUCCCACUUCUACCGACGCCAGAAGGCCCUGGAGGCUGCCGUGCGCAACAGUGACCACUGGGAGUUUGAGGACUUGCUGAGCAGCGUUGACGGAGUGUCGGAGGCGUCUCUGGAGACCUCCCGAGAGACCUCCCAGGAGGGAAGAUCUGAAGACCUGGAGGCUCAGGCCACUAGUGGGCCUCCAAACUCUCAGGUUUAUUAAAACCAGGGCUCCGUGCCCCCCUUCCCACACCCCUGCAGUGAGCUGAAACAGAGCAGAGAUCCCUCCCCUGCUUAAGUUCUUCCUGGUGGCAUGGCCUCUCAGUAUCACUCACUCUGGCUUCAGAAAUGACACCUGGAGGCCGGGUCCUUUCCUCCAAAGGCGCAGGGCAGCACAAUGUUACCCUAGAUUCUGUGAGCCUGGGGAGCACCCCAGAGACCUUUCUAGACGAACCUCCAAGCCACCCACAGUGCAGGCAUGAGCCAAAGAGGGAAAGUCAAAAGGACGCUAACAAUUCCUGAGCGCCUUCUGUCUGUUAGCCGUGUCACAUUGGCCCUCUGUUGGAGGAUGGGAAUCGUCCCCAUUUCACAGAUGAGGAAACAGGCUCAGAGAGGCACAAUGACUUGCCCAGAUGUCGCACCACUAGAAGUGGUGGAGCUAGGGUUGGAAUCCCAGCUCGUGGGUCUCUGCCAAGGCAAUGUUCCUUCCACUGGUCUUUCUUCUGCCCUCACAAAAUUUGCAUGUGGUUGUAGGGGGUUCAUGGAACCCCCAGAGUUGGUUCAUAGAGUUAGAACCUUCUGUUAGAGCUAGGGAAAGGACCAGGCAGGGGAUUCAGAUGUAGGCUUCUGGACCUCAGCUGUGGUUCUUUUCCAGGAGCUUGCAACAGGAGUCAGCUUUCAAAGAUGAGGUCUUAAAGGAAGGACUAGGUAGGAGGCUGCCCCCUUAGUGGAUGGGCAAGACUUGUUAAACAAUAGUCCUGAAGCUUCCUCCAAGGGCUGGCUUAAGAUACAGAAAAUCUGAAGGGGCCCUGGCCUGAGGCCUGAGGUCUAGACCAGCUAUGCUAGGACCUACUCCAUUUCCACAGUUCAGCCCAUCUAUUAGAUGGUCACAAUCUGUGCCCCAGAGGGAGAUGAAAGCCAAAUGGAGCACUGAUUUAAAGCCAGCUCAGCUCUGAAGUGUUGGUGGCAAGGAGCUGCCAUGCAUCGACACCUGUCGCCCCUUCCCUAGAUCCCCCCAGGCUGAUCUUGGCAGUUACCUUCUGCCCAUGACGCAGACUUCCAGCCCUCCCUUGGGUCACCAUCCGGGCAAACGCUUGAGCCUCCUGUCCCUUGUGGCCAGGUCCAGCCCUCUCAUCCUUGCUGGGGCCACAUGUUUUAUACUCGCCUGCUGAAUCCUCUCUCUAUUUGCUGAGAAAGUCCUGCAGCCCUUUCCACAUACUGUGGCUGGGACAGCCAUCGCUAUCGUGUCAUUGCCGGACUGUAGCUCUGUCCCACCACACUGAGCUCCAGGAUGGAAGACACUGUCUGGUUGAACCUGGCUUUGCGUGGAGCAGGUAUUUAGUAAACGUUGAAUAGAUCAACCAAUUUGUACAGCCUACUACAUGUGGAGCACUGAGGAGAAAGAGGAAAUAGAGAGACCUUGUCCUUAAGAGGACAGAGACAAGACCGCAAAGGAGAUCCUUUCAGUUUGCCUCUCUCCUCCUCCUUGCUCUUUGAGGAUUUAAAAAUGACUUCCUAGGACUUCCCUGGCGGUCCAGUAGUUAAGACUUUGCCUUGCAAUGCAGG